AUGGCGUCCUCAGCGGGACUCCCACCGCUCGGCCCGGACAGAGCCGUUUCAUCCUCCGGCCCCCACUCUGGGGGCAGGCCGCCUCUCCGGCCCCAUCACUCGCAUCAGGCUCACUCCACCCCGGGCUGUCUGAUGCUGGAAUCAGUGGACGACGCGGAGGGUCUGUACGUGGCGGUGGAGCGGUGCCCCCUGUGCAGCACCUCCCGCCGCAGGCUCACCUGUGCCCGGUGCGUCCGGGCCGGGGACUUCGUGUACUUUGACGGAAGGAACACGGAGAGAUACACAGAAAAGUUGGAGCGGCUGAAGAAGCUGAAGGAGGAAAAGGAGCAGCUGCAACACAGAGUCAUCCAGGCCAUGGACAAGAAGCUGCAGGCUGAUGAGAUGAAAUGGAAGCUUAUGUCGUGUAAGAUGAAGAUCGAGCAGCUGAAGGAGGCGGUGGCCUGGGGCAACGAGGAGGUGAAGAGCGAUAAAGACCUCCACCUGCGCUCUCAGGAGGAGAGUCAGCGGCUGCAGCGUCGGGCCGGACGCCACCAGGAGAAACGGGACAAAAUUGAGCGUCACAACCGCCGUCUGGGGGAGCUGCUGGAGAGACGCAGCCGGGAGCUGCAGAGCAGACUGAGUCAGCUGGCUGCUCUGAGACGAGAACACAUCCUGGAGCUCACCACACACAUCUUCCCCACACAGGAGGAGAAACAGGGCAGCAGAGACCCCGCGGACGUGGUGGCAGAGUGCGACCCAGCGUUGACCUCCAGCACGGUGAGCGAGCUGGCCGAGGCUCGGAGGACCACCUACCUGUCGGGACGCUGGAUCUGGGACGACCAGAACGGUGAGACCAGCAUCAGCAUCACGGGACCCCCUGUCACCUUGCCCAGCAACGGAGACUGCUCCGCCUACUACAGCUGGGUGGAGGAGAAGAGCACCAAUCAGGGCCCAGAGCUGGACCACAUUAACCCAGCUCACACCAUCAGCGCUGCUCUCUGCUACGCCACGCAGCUCGUCACCAUCCUGUCUCACAUCCUGGACGUCAACCUACCCAAGAAGCUGUGCAACAGCGAGUUCUGUGGAGAGAACCUGAGCAGAUAUCGCUUCACCAGAGCUCUGAGCAAACUCAACACCAACAUCCUCCACCUCUGCUUCUCACAGCAUGUCGACAGUGAGAAGCUUCACCCUCAUCACACUCUGAGGAACAUCAUGUUUCUGGUUUCCCCCAACAACGACAACCUGGGCAGGACGGGUCCGUUCGAGGUGAGCGCUGACCUGGAGGAGUCGAUGGAGUUUGUGGAGCCCGAGGCCGCGGGGCCGGCGGAGGAGAGCGGAGACGAGGCUGUGACGGACGAGGAGACGGACCUGGGGACGGACUGGGAGACGGUGCCCAGUCCACGAUUCUGUGACAUCCCAUCACAGUCCAUGGAUCUCUCCCAGAGUGCGUUGCAGGUUUCCCAGCCCUCUGCUAACACUGGCGGGAUGAUCUCGUCUGCUGCUGCUUCCGUCACCUCCUGGUUCAGAGCUUACACCGGCCAGCGCUGAUCAAACCGGAAUGAACCGGAUCUUACAAUGUGAACCAGCCAGGAUUGGACUGGUUCAGAUCUGGACUCCUGGAGGUCUCAGACCUUGGCCUGGUAUGGAGCAGAGUGGACUGGGCUCAGAGGUCAGCCAGUAGAUGAGACUCUAGUGACAGUAGAAAGAUCAGACUUUUUUUCUGUACAGCUGCCUGGAGCUCUGAACAUCCAGGCAGUCAAAAUAUCAAGAUUAUGAAACUUCAUGAAGCUUAAUGAAACUUCUUAAACCUUUAUCUAAGUCAUCUAAAUCUUCUGAGCUUCACGGUGUGUCAUUUGUGCGUCAGACCACAUGGACCUGAACACACAUGGUGUAAGCCAGACGCCCACAUCCGCUGUUUUCUAUGUAGCACACACACCAGCAAUUUUGGAGCCUUGUGAGACACUAAAACUGGCCACCGAAGCUAAGAAAAGAAAAAUAAAUCAGUCAAAAACAUCGGAGCAGACCCGAUUAGGUUCAUAAAAUGCUGAAAUGUUUUCUGUGACAGGUUAAACUAGACUUGCAGGCAGCAGGUACACCGGGGCCCAACCACCCGACGCACCAUGAUCUGUGUGUGUGAGCGUCCUCUCAUGAAGCCUCAUGAAGUUUUAUGAAGCUUAAAUGAACUGUAAACAUUUACUGUAGUUUGUUAAGCUGCCAAGCACACACACACACACACACACACACACACACACACACACACACACACACACACACACACACACACACACACACACACACACACACACACACACACACACAAUCACCCAUAUACAGUGGACUAUUUAAACUGAGCACACAACAGUCACUCGUCCUCAUCGACUGACUUAUUCCCCAAACUUUAUUUUGACUCUUGUAUAAAAUUACUUUGGCAACACUUUACGUUAAGUCCCCCUAUUUAGCAUUUAUAAUCAGUAUAUAAACAUGUAAUAACUGGUUUAUGACUCCAUGAUGUAGCUGUAAGAUUUUCGUUUUUGUUUUUUUUGGGCCCGAUCCCGUUCAGAGUCCUUUUAAUGUUUAUUAUCUGCUGAUAUCAGAUCCGAACUGAAACCUAAAAAUUGAUUAAAUGUGUCUCUGAUGCACUGAAACAGCUGCACAUACUAAAUCUCAAGUUUUACUGGAUAAAGUUUGUAAUUUUAAAUUAUUGAUCUUAUCUGAAUGAACGUUUUACUGGAGAAUGUUGAGUCCUGAAACUGAUGUGAUCCACUAGAGAGAGGACGUCUCACUCUGUCGGAGUUCUCGGGACUACAGAAACACUCUGACUGUACAGUGGUGGUGUAGUGGAGCUUCUUCCCUCACUGAGGAUCUUUGGUCAAGUUCAGACUCAGUCAAGUUUCACUUUGUUCAGUCGUCAACUUUUGUCACUGAGUUGACUUUAAUUCCCGGAUGGUAAUGAGCAGAACUCAGUGUUCAUCAGCGUCUCUGUCACCGGCUCCAACUCCUCCGUCAGCGGAGGCUGCUGGAUGAACAGACGAUGAACCACAACACAGUGAAACACAGGAAGGAAAAACAGAAAAUAUGUGGAACAGACACUGGACGUUAGUAGACACUUCAACAUCUGCUCACAGCUGCAUUACAGCCUGGCAGAAAUCAGUUAUUACAUGUUAGGGCUGCAAUCGAUUCAUCUGCAAAUUGUUUUUUGAUUUAUUAAUGAUUCCUUUUGUUUAUGAAAUACAAGAAAAGGAUUUUUAAAAACCGAUGAUAUCUUCAGGUGUGUGGGAAAGCAUCUAAUCCUCCCAUUUGAGAAGCUGGAACCAGCAAAUAUUUUGACUAAAAAAUGGACUGAAAUGAUUGAAAUUAUUGUUCUGUCUGCUUGUUGCAGCUCUGGGUUAUCUGCUGAUGACACAUGAUAUUUAGCGGGACUUGAAGUGUUUCCUUCACUUCUUGCUUCAGGGUCACGAUAUUCUUUCAUCUGUCUGCCUGUCUGCCUGUCUGCCUGUCUACCUGUCUACCUGUCCGCUCACCACAAAGGGAAAGUUUCUGCUUUAAUUGACUCCGUUUCUUUUUGUUAGUUUUUUUUUUUUGGUCUGUGAUGACGGGAGCUUCUGUUUCAGACGGUAAUCAAGAAACAAAGUGACUCCUGAACGCUGCUGCAACAGGUUCAACGAUGAUGACGAUGGCAACAGUGCAAACAAACAAACAUUGGUUACCACGGUGAUAACAUGGUUAUCUUCCCCACCCCCCGUCAAACUGAACAUGGUGGAAAAAAAUCCAACACACAACGAGACGCUGUUCACACUGGACAAUAAAUGAGAAAACAGAAUGAAUCAGGUUCAGUCUGUUUAUAGAAGAUUUAGUUUCUUUAAGUAAAAAUCCUUUAUUUUUCUUCAGGAUGGAAAAGCUUUUUGCAGCAUCGUGAGACACUCAAACUGUCCACUAAAGCUGAGAGAGAAGAGAAAUAAAUGGAUGAAAAAAUCCGGCCCGACCAGAUUCAGUUGAAGAGAUUCUACUGUAUGAACUGUUUGCGUUUAACUAGACUUGAAAGCAGGCGUAUCAGGGUCAACCAGUCGACACUAAGAGCUGAACCCGAAGGAGAUCCGUUGUUUUCCGCCGGUAAAUGUUUCUUUGAAGCAAUAUCACGCACUCAGAGGAAGUGAUGUUAGUGUGGAAAGGAGGACUGGCUGAUUGUUUCUUCCUGUUAAAGGAACAAAGUGUGUUUUAAAAGUUGUAUGAAUUUUUCUCUGUUGAUUUAAAAUAAAAUCCUGUUUUCUGGUUUUGG